UCAAAAAUCAAAAGCAAAGCAAAACAUUAACGGAUUUUUUUGGCGCUCUGCCUUAGUAGCUUUAAAAGAAUUCUGUUUAACUUCAUUAUGAGUGUAUAAAAAACUUAAAAUCCAAAUUCGAAAUGUAUAUUAAAUCGGUAGUUAUUGAUGGAUUUAAAUCAUAUGGAAGGCGUACGGAGAUUCACGGAUUCGACCGGGAGUUCACAGCCAUCACAGGUUUAAAUGGAACUGGAAAAUCUAAUAUAUUGGAUUCUAUUUGCUUUGUACUCGGUAUAAACAACUUGGGCCAGGUACGUGCAGCAUCUCUCCAAGAUCUGGUUUUUAAAAGUGGUCAAGCUGGUGUCACCAAAGCAAAUGUUACUCUGUUUUUUGAUAAUACCGAUCCAGACCAGUGUCCACUCGGAUAUGAAAAGUGCAGAGAAAUUUCUGUAACACGGCAGAUUGUCGUGGGAGGCAAAAAUAAAUACCUUAUUAAUGGGAAGCUUGUACAAAACAAAAAAGUCACUGACUUCUUUUGCUCUGUACAGCUCAACGUUAACAAUCCGAAUUUCUUAAUAAUGCAGGGUCGUAUAACGAAAGUUCUAAACAUGAAACCUCAGGAGAUUUUAUCCAUGAUUGAAGAGGCUGCAGGGACUAGCAUGUACGAAACAAAGAGAGAGGCUACAACAAAACUUAUUGAAAAAAAAGACGCAAAGGUACGAGAAACUAAUACACUUUUGCAAGAGGAAGUCGAGCCCAAGUUAGAAAAAUUACGCCAGGAACGCGCUGCGUAUCUAGAGUUCCAGAAAAUUUGUCGUGAUAUUGAGUAUCUUACUCGUAUUCACAUUUCAUUUAGAUAUCUCAAACAAAAGGAAGCACUUAAAAGCACGGAAAAAAACAUUGAAACUCUUUCAAAUCGAAUUGAACAUUGUAAGAAAACAAUAAUGGAAAACGAUGAAGAAAUAAACCGCUUAGAUGAAAUGGCAAAAGAAAUUCAACACAAAAUAGACAAUGACAGUGGAGGAGAGCUUAAAGUUUUAGAAGAAGCGCUUUCGGCAAAAAUGAAAGCCGAAGCUCAAUCUACGGGAAACAUCAAAGCUGCUCAAGGCGCUAUCGAUCAAGAAAUGAAAAAAGUAAAGGCAUUGGAAAAAAAUAUCAAAGAUGACAAAAAUGCACUCAAUCAGAAGGAAGAACAAAUGAAAAAGGUUGAAGGUCUGUUCCAGAGCUUAAAGCAAACCGAUCAGAAAGAUUCCCAGCUGUAUGAUGAUGCUCAAAAACGCUACGAUGCUGUUACUAAAGGCUUAUCUACGAAUGAGGAUGGAGAAGCUUCUUCUUUGCAAGACCAGUUGAUAAAUGCUAAAAAGCAGGCAAGUGAAGCGCAAACAACAAUUAAAACAACUGAAAUGGAUUUACAACACAGCCAAACAUUGCUUAAACAGAAAGAAAAUGAGACUCAGACAAAUGAUGUAUCUUAUACAAAAGAUAAACAAAUGUGCGAUAAAAUAAAAUUAGAAAUUGAUAAUUUACAGUGCCAAAUAAAAAACAUGAAUUACGAAGAAGGUUCAUUUGAGCAUCUGCAAGACAGAAAAAAUACACUAAUUCAGCAAAUACGUGCCUUUAAACAUCAGCUAGAUCGGAAAAAUUCGUAUAAAUAUGACUUACAAUACCGAGACCCUGUUCCUGAUUUUGAUCGACGAAAAGUAAGAGGUAUGGUUGGGAAAUUAUUUUCGGUUCGCGACGAAAAAAACUGUCUUGCUCUAAUGAUGUGUGCUGGAGGAAGCCUAUACAGCCAUGUAACAGAUGAUGAUAUAACUAGCAAACAGAUUCUUCAAAAGGGGCAGCUACAACAGAGAGUAACAAUAAUUCCUAUAAAUAAAAUUUCAUCUCGCCCAAUUGACCCAAACGUUGUAAGAUUUGCGCAAAACUUAGUGGGCGAAGAAAAUGUAAACUCGGCUCUUGCACUUAUUGAAUAUGACAAAUAUUUUGACCCUGUCAUGAAAUUUGUGUUUGGACAAACUCUUAUUUGCAAGGAUCUCAACGUUGCUAAACAAGUAACAUAUCAUCGUCAAAUAUACUGCCGUUCAGUUACGCUCGAAGGAGAUGUUGUAGAUCCUGAAGGAACACUUUCAGGAGGAUCAAAACCUAAAGGUGGAAACAUUCUUCAAGAAUUGGCUGAAAUUAAAAAUUUAGAGAAUGAUAUACAGAAGUGUAAAGCUGAGUUGCAGAUUGUAGAACAAGAGUUAGCAGCUAUCGAAAAGAUUGCUAAAUCAAAUAGAGUAAUUAAAGAACGCCUAGAGCUACGGCAGCAUGAGCUGCAUGCGUGUACACAACGUUUAGCGCAAACAACAUUCCAUCAAAAUCAAGAAGAGAUUAAGUCUCUCAAGGAAAAAAUAGAUAUGCUGAAAGAGAAUCUUUUAAAAGCUGUUGAAAUUCGAAAGGUUUCUUCGGCCAAAGUCAAAGAUAUAGAAGAAAAGUUGGCAGAUGCAAAAGGUUUUCGCGAAAGAGAACUAAAAAAGGCCGCAGAAGAAAUGAAAGCCGCCAAAAUUAAGAGUGAGCAAAGUCGAAAUAACUGGAAAAAGCAUGAACAACAAUUCGACACACUACAGCUAGAAAUUGAUGAAUUGAAAAAGAGCACUGAAACUUCACAUCAACAGCUUGAAGAAAUGAUUGCUACACUUGAUAAGCUUAAAAGCGAUUUAGAUAUUCUCAAAAAUGAAUCUUCAGGUUUAGUUGAAGCUGUUAACGACAUUAAAAAAAAAAUAAAAGAACAAAAAGAGAGAAUCAACUUGCAAAAUAAAGAGUUGAAACUUGUUUAUGUCAAGAAGGAAAAAUUAGGAAAGCAAACCCAAGAGAUGAAUCUUGAAAUAAAAAAAAAAGAAAAUGAAGUCAAUAAGGUACGGAACGAGAACAAAGAUAGUUUUAACAAAAUUGAAGCAUUGGAACAAAAAUACGGCUGGAUUAAAGAGGAUAAAGAUUUCUUCGGCACUAAAAAUACACGGUACGAUUAUUCAAAAGAAGACCCAGUUGAAGCCGGCGUUAAAUUAAAUGUUAUGCGGGACCAAAAAGACAGAAUGGAACGAAAUAUUAACCUUAAGGCGAUGAUGCUUCUCGAUCGGGAAGAAGAGCAAUAUCAAGAGACACUGCGACGAAAAAAAAUUGUUGAACAAGACAAACAAAAGAUUCAACAUAUAAUAUGCAAGAUGGAUGAGAAAAAAAAAGAAAAGGUGGAAAAGGCAUGGAAAGUGGUCGAUGAAAAUUUUAGCAGUAUUUUUAGUACAUUGUUGCAAGGCGCACAAGCCCGCCUUAACCCCGUCAUGCAAAAUAACAGUCUUCUUGGUUUGGAAAUUAAAGUAGGAUUUAAUGGGGUGUGGAAAGAUUCGUUAGGUGAAUUAAGUGGCGGUCAGCGAUCUCUUGUUGCAUUAUCACUUGUACUGGCCAUGUUAAAGUUCUCCCCAGCGCCUUUGUACAUUUUGGAUGAAGUCGAUGCGGCAUUAGAUAUGUCUCAUACUCAAAACAUUGGAAACAUGCUGAAAGCUCAUUUCACUAGUUCUCAAUUUAUAAUAGUUUCUCUUAAAGAUGGUAUGUUUAACAACGCUAAUGUAUUGUUUAGAACAAAGUUUGAAGAAGGUGUGUCUGCAGUCACAAGAACAGUUAAUCAGAAGACAGCAAAGACUUCGAAGUAGUGUUUGUUAAGUUAGUAAUUUGUUGCUUCAGAAUAAUUUUGUGACGUAUUUUGUUUGCUAUGUAAUGUAUGAAAAUAAAAAAGGCUUAUAAAAACCUA